AUGCGUGAGCCAGCGAUAGGUUCUGCGGCGGCGACGGCGUCAGAGGCCGCGCGGCUCCUGCUGCUGCCCCUGGUCCUGGUGCUGCUCGGCGGCGGCCGCCACGCAGGGUGCGCCUCGGUCUGCGACACAGCCAACUGCGGCAAGGGAAACUGCAGCGAGACGCCGGGGCCCUUGCCUCCCAACUACGAGUGCCACUGCGACCCUGGCUGGUCCCAUGCUUUGAAGCUCAUCCCCUUCUCACCCUGCAUCGUCCCUAACUGUUCCUUCAACAGCGCCUGCUUAAACCUCAACCUCAGCCAGCCGCCAGUGCCACCCAAGGGCAUACCGGACGUCUGUUCCGUCGUGAGCUGCGGAGCCGGCGGCGCGUGCAAGGCAGGCGGCGCCCCGUUCAGCUUCAGCUACAGCUGCGAGUGCCGGCCGGGCUACGCCAACCUGCUCAACCUCACCACGCUCCCUUGCGUCAACUGUUUCCUCGGCGACGAGUGCUACGCCCUGGGACUCGGCCCCCCGGCGCCGGCUCCAGCUCCAUCCGGUGAUCACGGCCCGUCGCCGCCGGGGCCAUCUGCUCCUCCCUCCGGCACAAAAGCCAAUGCAACUGACAAUUCACUAGGCUCCGUUUCGUCCCCAAGUCUUCUGCAGCUGCUAUUACUGAUGCUGGUCUCCGUCGCUAUGGUCCAGGUCGUGUGA